CGAGGUGCAGCGCGUAUAAUUAAAAUGAUGAGAUAAGCUAUUGCUAUAUAUCAAAGUACGCUAAAAAAAUUGAAUUCGUACAUUGGAUCAAUGCGUAUACACAAUAUACGUUAGAUAAUACGUAUAUUAUAACAUGAUGUUGCAGCACAUAUUUAUGGUUCAUUCAUUAUAUAUACAAUGGCGUAUAGUACGUUUACUACACCACUUAUUUCCAGGAAUUCACCCAUCUGGAAAAAUCAUCAAACUCUAUCGAAUGGAAUACAAUUCAGAUCAAAUGAUAUCAUAUCCCACGUCGAACAAAAUGUAACGAACAAACUGUCUAAGGGAGAUCUUUACCCGCAGAUAUUAGCAAGUGUAGUUGCUUUUUUGUUGGUCACUCAGCCUGGAAUCAAUAUGGUUUACUCCAACAUAUUUCUGAAUCACUACGAAUUUACAGAUGUUUCAGAGUUAUCUUGGUUAACUAGCAUUCUAGUGUUUUGCACACCAAUCGGGGCGAUCGCGAUUGGCAUCAUAAUGGACCGGAUCGGCAGGAAGAAUGCGUUUUUACUCACGUCUGUACCGCUCUUGAUAUCCUGGUCGAUUGCUUCGGUUGCUCGACCUGAAAACAUGGGUUUGAUCUACGCGUGCCGAUUUUUCGCCGGCAUUGGCGGAGGCAUGACAUCCAUGGUCGUCGUUUACGUUUCGGAAAUAGCUCACUCUUCGUAUAGACAAGUGCUGUUGUCGUUGAACAGUGUGUUUUUUUCGGUGGGCGUACUGUUCGCAACCUCGGUCGGAUCGCUGUUCGAGUGGCAGACAGUUAACGUGAUAUUUUUCUUAUUCACGGCCAUCACGACAGUGCUUCUAGUUAUCUUUCUACCGGAGAGUCCGGUUUGGUUAGCCAAGUUCCGGACUGAUCUUAUCUACGACGUCAGGAGUUCGAUGAGAAGAAUAUACCCGAAAAACAAUCAAGUGUUUACUGAGGAACUGGACCGUCUGUACCGCGAUCCGAAGACUACGACGACCACGGAUGGAUCAGCAGUGCAUACGCAACAGCCGCACUGCAGUAGUUGCGGACGAGCUACUCAGCGGCGGAAGCGGAAGCGGUGCGGCUGGUGGCGUUCGCCGCAGCCGCGGAGCGUGACCCGGCCGGUUCGCGUGCUGGCCACCGUGUUCCUGUUACAGCAAUUGAGCGGCUGUUACCCGGUGAUAUUCUACGCCGUGCCCGUCUUACGGUCGGUGGCCGGUACCGUCGCCAUCGGAGGACCGUACUCGGACAUGGACGUGAUGGUGGCGCUGGGCGCCGUACGGCUGCUGACCAGCGUUGUGGCGUGCGCGCUGUCCAUGCACAUCGGCCGCCGGCCCCUGCUCAUCGCAUCGUCGUUGGCCAUGGCGUGCUCGGCCGCCCUGGUGGCCCUGACCUGCGGCCCGGCGACCGCGCCGCUGUGGCCGCUGAUCGGCGUCGGGGCGUUCGCUUGUAGCGGCUCGGCCGGCGUGCUCGUGUUCCCGUGGACGUUGGUCGGUGAACUGUUGCCCGUCUCGGUCCGGGCAUCGGCCGGCGCCGCGCUCGUGGCGUACGCGUACACGCUCAUGUUCGUCGUGCUCAAAGCGUUCCCGUACGCGGUGGCCGACGGCGGCGACGGUAGCGGCGGUCCCGUGGCCACGACUUUCGCCGCGUUCGCCGCCGCAUCGCUGGCCAUGGCCGCGUACGUGUACGCCCGCCUGCCCGAAACGAUGGGAAAGCGGUUCGACGAGAUCGAAGCGCACUUCGCCGAUGAACGCGACCCGGCCACCACCGGUACACAUCACGACGUUCGCUGCAAGACGACCUAUAAUAUGACGCCGCCGUGAUAUCGGCAUAACACGUGCCUAACGGUUAUAAUACCAACUCUGUCGUGUCGCAUUAUAUUGUAACGGGCGCCGGACGAUAAUCGCCGCAUAACUGCGACAGUUAUUAUAAUAUUAUGUGUAUACUGGACGGUGCGUGGGUAUUAGAAGAAUGUGAAUAUCAUAUUAUUAUAUUGCAUUGACUAUUGAGUAGAUCUGGCGACAUUCGUCCGGAAAUCAUGCCGACGACUUAUCAGGAAAAAUAUUUUCUACCUGUUGUUUUCGCAUUUUCGAAAUACUUUACGUUUCUGUUGACAUUUUUCAUCUCAAACUAUAUCUGUGAAAACUGUAAUAGCCAACGAUGAUAAUAAUAUGAUAGUCAGCGAUUUCACUCACAACAGUAGCAAAAUUAAUGAUUUUAUUAAUAUACUAUAAUAUGUAUUAAUAAUAAUAUAGUAGUGUGACAUAAUGUCCCUCUUACUCGCGGCACCGUCCGAUUUAUGCAUGAUGAAACCGUGUCGUAAAAUGUAUCGUAAACACAGUAUACAUCAAAAUAUGUACUUCAUUUAGUAGUCGAAGUUGAGGGGCGCAGUGAUGAAGGGUCGAAGAACGCGUUCGCUUCUAUAGUAUGAUAUUAUACGAAUAUACGAUCGUUAUGAAAUAAGAAGUGCACUUUUUUUUUUAUCUGUAUAUAACCGCAGUUCGUGUUUUUUUUCUUCGAAUUUUUAAUUUAUUAUUAUUUUUUAAUUAAUAUUUUAUAUUAUGAUUUAAAACUACAAUAAUAUGUAAAUCAAAGACUUAAAUAAAAGCAGUAUUUAUC